UGGACUUGCCAUCAAACCUUCAAAACAAACGCAGCUUUCAGAAAGCUAAGCCACCUGUGGAGAUUCACCUGCCAUUUGCUUCCCGCUCCGUUUGUCUUAUGUGAAAAUGGCUCUUCUCCAUUCCUUGAAGCAAGUUCCUCUUUGUUUACUCCAUCGAUUUCUACAUGGUAACCUCCAUUUCUUAUUCAAAACCCAUGCCUCCAAUAACCUACAUUCGAAGUAAACUCUUCAACUACUACACACACGACGCCCCAACUGUACUAUAAUCCUCUUAAAUAUUACCUUUUCAUUCACUUCUGAGGCGGAAAUCGGAAGACCCAUUUCGGUUUUUAGUCGAAAUUUGGGAUUUUUGGACAAAUUCAAAUGAGGUUGUGCAUAUGGGUUUUUCUUGUCCUUGUUGCUUAUGGUCCUGUUUGGACGAUUCUGGCUGACCAGAGUCUUCGUACUGAGCGGAUUUCAGGAAGUGCUGGUGAUGUUUUGGAGGAUGAUCCAGUGGGAAGAUUGAAGGUUUACAUAUAUGAGCUCCCGAGCAAAUACAACAAGAAGCUCCUACAAAAAGACCCCAGAUGUCUUACCCAUAUGUUUGCUGCUGAGAUUUUCAUGCACAGGUUUCUCUUGUCCAGCCCAGUUCGAACCCUUAAUCCUGAGGAAGCAGAUUGGUUUUAUACCCCCAUAUACCCCACAUGUGACCUUACACCAAGUGGAUUGCCAUUGCCCUUUAAGUCUCCAAGGGUGAUGAGAAGCGCGAUACAGCUUAUCUCCACAAAUUGGCCAUACUGGAAUAGAACGGACGGCGCAGAUCAUUUCUUUGUUGUGCCCCAUGAUUUUGGAGCCUGCUUCCAUUAUCAGGAAGAGAAAGCAAUUGAACGGGGUAUUCUUCCUUUACUUCGGCGCGCAACCUUGGUUCAAACUUUUGGACAGAGGAAUCAUGUUUGCUUGAAAGAUGGUUCAAUAACAAUUCCCCCUUAUGCUCCCCCUCAAAAGAUGCAGGCGCACCAAAUUCCCCCAGAUAUUCCACGCUCCAUCUUUGUCUACUUUCGUGGACUGUUUUAUGACGUGAAUAAUGAUCCAGAAGGUGGUUACUAUGCAAGAGGUGCAAGGGCAGCGGUUUGGGAGAAUUUCAAGAACAAUCCUCUGUUCGACAUCUCCACCGACCACCCAACAACAUAUUACGAAGACAUGCAAAGAGCAAUCUUCUGUCUGUGCCCCCUGGGAUGGGCACCUUGGAGUCCCAGGCUAGUCGAAGCAGUAGUGUUCGGCUGCAUCCCUGUAAUCAUAGCAGACGAUAUUGUUUUACCCUUUGCGGAUGCUAUUCCAUGGGAGGAAAUUGGAGUAUUCAUAGAAGAAAAAAGCGUUCCCAACUUGGACACUAUCCUGACAUCUAUACCACCAGAAGUGAUUCUGAGGAAACAGAGACUUCUUGCAAAUCCUUCGAUGAAACGAGCAAUGCUGUUCCCUCAACCGGCACAACCAGGUGAUGCUUUCCACCAAAUACUGAAUGGCCUUGCUCGUAAACUGCCUCAUGAGAAGAGCAUUUACUUGAAGCAUGGUGAGAAGAUACUGAACUGGACAACAGGACCCGUAGGUGACAUGAAACCUUGGUAAUUAAAUAAAAUCCCGGCUUUUCAGUGGAAAGUGAUGCUAAUUUUCUCAGGUCUUAGGCCAUUUUUCUUGUAAAAGUUGAAUCAGCUGAGAAUGUACGCCUCUGUGAUAUCUUCCUUCAAUUCUCAAGUUUUGUAGAUAUGACUAUCUUGUACACGCAGCACCUUCAUUUCCCUUUAAACUUUGCAUUUCACUUGUUCUGAGCUUGAAAGUUUCAAUCAAUGGGGCAUCUCUUGAGGUGCAGUAAUGGCA